AUGUCCAGAUCCAGACCUUCAGCGGCGAUCAAGCAGCACUUCAUUCUCUCAGAUUCAGACGACACGAUUGCUACCGACUCGACUGGGAGCAGCGAGCCGCAGGACCAAUAUAGCGUCGAGCGCAUCUUGGCAGAGAAAUGGGACCCGAAGAAGAAGAUCCGGGAAUAUUUGAUCAAAUGGGAGGGCUAUCCUCUCCACCGCGCGACGUACGAACCCACAAGGCAUCUCCACACAAAUGAUAUCCUUAAUGCGUGGAAGAAGACUAAACAACGCAUCGCUGCUGGCCUUGAGGAACCAUUCAACGUGGAGAAAUGGGAGGAAGCAUGUAACGUGGCUCUUGAACAGAGCAAGGAUCGGAAGAGGCGUCGGCAGCUGAAGCGGGCAAAGCGUAGGAAGCAGGCACGCCACCAAAGCGAAGACGAACAUGUUCCGACACCUUCAUCCUCCAGAAGGGCGACACAGCAGAUCUCGGCUCGCAAAGGUGUUGCAAGAAAGAUUGAUCGAAAGAAAUCCACUCACUUAGCGCCAGAUACAGAAUCAGACGGCUUAGAUGCUUCUGAAGAGGAAGACGGAGCCGGUUCGGAGCCUGGCUCUCGAUACGAAGAGGUUAGGGAGCAUGUCCCUCCCCGACCAGAUGAGUCAUCUCCCAAAUCACCUAGGGCCAAAGGAGCUGCUAAAGAAUCUAGCGAUCUGCGAGAAAAACCAGCCAACCCGACACAUGCUAGAAAGAGUGCCCCGAGCUCAGGGACACUCCAAACUUCCCAAAGCAUUACGAAAAGCACAAAAGCCAAACAGCUCGGCUCUAAAGUAUUUGCAGCCCCUAAAGAAGGGCAGCAAGUCAAAGCGAAGCGGGCUGUCUCUGGAUCAUUUGAUUCUCGUUUCAAGAAUCUGGCUCACCAGAAUAACGUGCAGAAGCAGAGUAGGAUUGAGCAGGCUCCAGACUUGGCAGCCCUGAACAUACUUGACCCGAAGACCGGCAAGAUAAUUCGACGCAAUGAGGAGCAGCAUCAGAGCGCGGGCCCAUCGGGUACGCAACCUAGUGGAAGCGCUUCAGGUUCUGGACAAGAGGCCAGUGCGUACAGUAGCAGAUCUCCUCCACCAAACGAGUCCGCUCAGCCACUUCGAGAGAUGCGGCGUCCUGGACCCCCCAAAACAGCAUCCAUUGUCGCAGAUGUUGACAAAGCAUAUCGGAGGAGAAGUCCCCCGCCCGUUUCUUGGAAAGACGCGCCCUCCACACUGGAUCGGCCGUCUGAGCCCCAAAGAACCACAUCUAGCUCAGGAGAUAUUCACAGCGCCUAUUACAGGAGGACUCCGCCGCCAGAUGGCCGGCAGAGGUCUGCCUCGCCUGCAAAUUCGCCGAAGCGCCCAUCGGUGCUGGAAGCUCCUGUGUAUCCAACUGAUGGUUUUCAUCGGAGACAGACCUGCAAAUAUUGGCAGAGAGAUGAAUGUGAUAAGACCGCAGAAACCUGCCCGUAUGCUCAUUGGGUGGUGGAACGGCCCCAGAACAAUCUUCACCCGAAGGCAUUGACGUGCUUCUUCUGGAACGAAGGUCAAUGCAGGAAAACUGAAGGCGAAUGUGAAUAUGCGCACUCUUAUACAGGACUCGUCGCAGACCCUCCACCAGGCUACAGGUUGCCUGCAGAGCCUGCUCACAAGCGCCCUGAGAACCUCCCAUCUAGGGACGUACUCGUACCCAAACAUCUGACCACUUGUUACUAUUGGCGGCAGCCACAAGGCUGUAACAAACCGGACAGUCAGUGCGAAUACGCGCAUCGGGAUACCGGGGUUUAUGCUGGCCCGCCGGGGACUUUUAAGAGGAGACUUUCGGCAUUGGGUCCAACAGGAGCAACCGAUAUUCAUGCUGCAAACGCGGACCGAAUUCCUGCUGCAAACAGGACCUUCGACCCGCGUUUGCAAGAGUCACCUCUGGCGCUCCAUAAGUCUCCCGUACAGACAUCCGUUCUGCCCGUUCAAGAGCAAGCCCAAAUAGCACCGCCAACCCGAGUUGUGCAGAAGAGGCCCUCCAUUGUUGCUUGCUCGACCGUACGCGGGGCGAUCAUGCUCUCGUCCGCGGAGGACGACGACGCAGUCACGAUAUCUGCAAAAUUUGAAGUACCAAACGAGAAGACUUUCAAGCAUCUCGCUGGCGAAGACCCUGUCCUACGUCUGGACCAUUUGGUCGUGAGCGGCGACUUUGAGAAAAUCAUGUGGAAUGAAGAACUUCGAGCAGUCGAAGCAGCGACUGGUGGCAUUGCAGUGGAGCCAUCACUUACCAGUCAGCUGGAAACUAUUAGUGAGAUGUGCAAAGUACAUGCUGGUGGAUUUCUCGCGUCUGUUGCAGGCCUGGAGUCAAAAGUGCUAAUCUACCCGAGCAACAACGAGACGUGGAGAUUCUUGGAAGUCGACGAUGUGGCAUUUCCUCCUGGAUGCCUUUUGCACUUUCGCCUUUUCCGCAACAUGUCCGGCAUUUCAGUCACAGCAAGCCCUUCGAAUGCGGUAUCUGCGCGCGAGGAACUGCACUAUGCAGCCUCUGUUGGAGAGAAACUCGCUCGACUAGAUCGGGAGCAAUUACUUUUUGUGAAGCCGCGAAGCGAUCAGAAACUUCCGCCGUACGAUCCGAUACGAGCCGUCUUCCUGCUGAUGCCGCCAGGGCACCACACGGAUCUCGUGGUGUACUGCGAAUAUUUCAAGGGUCUCAAGCUGAAGGUAUACCACUCGAGCACGGCAGGUGCAUGGGCCUACUUUUGCAAAAAGUAUCUACCCAAAGGUCCUCAGAAGGUUGGUAUUGUGGUCGUCCACCCUGAAGUGCCCCUUUGGCAAGUGCCGGAUUUGCAUAACAUUGCGGCGGCUGGUACUUCCCUCUUCUCUAUCGGUGUCGACCGCACUAUAGCAGCAUAUGAAGAACGAGAGCCAGAAUUCGGAUGCCACGGGCUGUUUCCGCUAGGGCGAGUCACAUUCAUCACAGAUGAUGUGUUUGUGUAUGAGCCCGAGAAAGCGCGCAAGAUUGUCCAAACUUUCAACGCAGACCAAAGGCGAAGACCACCUGGGGCCAAGGACGAUGUUCGUAUUGCAACACGGCCUGGUCUCAAGGAGUGGAUAGCGGAACUAAUGCUGAAAAAUGCCAAUGUCAGGGAUAGACAUGAUAAGCAGGAUGCGCGCUGGGUGAAGCUCUACGCCGCGAUCUGCGAGCUCUGUCCGGUCGAAGCAGAGGAUCCGUGGAAUCCGCCCCGUCUCCUCCCUUCAUCUUCCUUAGUGUCGGCAUCGCCCGAAGAACUCCCCGGCUUCCAAGGUCUCUGGGAAAAGGAUGAGACGGCCGCGACCGACUUCAUGGUGAAUUGGUUCGCAGGCUGGGCCGUCUACCACGCUCAUCGAUAUCGGAAAUUCGAGGUCUGCCAUGUGCCCAGGACGGAGCGCUUUGCCGACGCGAAACAAAUGAGCCGAGACGCAGUAGCAGUAGCAGAUCCGAGAGGCUGGACGAAGAAGUAUCAGCAUAUCGGAGUGGCGUCGCCGGACGCGAUGUUGGAGAGCAUGGGGAGCAAGAAGAAGGAGAGUUGA